GUGCCACGAAAGCACAGCGGCAUGAUGUGGAAGUUAGUGAGCUGCACAUUUUGCCUCUUUGUGUCCUCACAGCUCGGUUUAUGGUCCGUCUGUGCCUCAGCGGAGGAACUGGACGGAGAAGUGAAGACUGAAGUUCUGUUUAAGCCCGAGGAGUGCACUCAGAGGAGCAAGAAGGGAGAUCUGAUCAACGCUCACUACGAUGGGUACCUCGCCAAAGACGGUUCCCAGUUUUACUGCAGUCGAUCAGACAAAGAUGGGCACCCUCAGUGGUUCGUGCUGGGCGUCGGACAGGUCAUCAAAGGCCUCGACAUUGGGAUGAUGAAUAUGUGUCCCGGAGAAAAACGAAAGAUAACUGUUCCGUCUGCGCUGGCAUUUGGUGAAAAGGGCAAAGGCCCAGUACCACCCAAUGCCACUGUGGUCUUUGAGGUGGAGGUGUUCACUGUGUCCAGGGGGCCACGCAGCAUGGAGGCAUUUGGAAAGAUGGACAUCGAUAAAGACAAAAGUCUCACAAAGGCAGAGGUUAAAGAAUAUUUGAAACUGGAGUAUGAAAAGGGUGGGAAGCCUCGUGAUGACCCUUUCUACGAGAAGAUUAUGGCCGAUAUAUUCCGCAAGACUGACCAGGACAGAGACGGAAUAAUCAGCGCAAAGGAGUACAAUAUUUAUGAGCAUGAUGAGCUCUAGUGUCAGAGGUGGUCGAUCCUGUGGGUUUUUUUUUUUUAGUUUUUGUGCUUUGGAAGAAAACAAGAGUAGCUCAUAAAAUAAAGAGAAUGUCCAUACACACUUGUUCUUGCACUGUUAGACAUACAGUAUGUUUAGGGUUUUUUUUUAGUCUACACCUCUUUAUGCCAACAUGUCUCACCACUUCUACUUCAGCUAGUGGGUUAUUCCUUUACCUAAAGUGCCUUUUGAAAAUCCCCACUUGUUUUUCAGCCUGUAGAAGCUGCUGUGGACUUACAGAGAAGUACCUCUUCCUCUUUUGUGGUAUUUUAUUUUGAUUUCCUUUUUGGCAUCAAUAUAAAGAGAGGUAUUGUCUCUUUGUGUGGCGGCUGACGCGCUUUUGCUAUGAAAGGACUGUAGCAGUAACUAUUUGGGAUUUAAAAUGCUGGAGAAUCAGCAUUUUGUGGAUGGAUUUUUUUUAUUUUCCUUUAAAAGCAGACAUGAAAUAACUGAGGUGUGUGGAGAUUCCAUUUCUAAUCCAGCAAAGCAGCCCCUAAACUUUAAUAGUAAUUACUAAAAUGUGCAAUGAAGACUGUCUGCGAGGCUUACUUUUGUGCAAAUACCACUAAAUUUGGUCAUUUGAAGAGGUUUAAUCUUUAGCUUUUGGUGAAUAUUAUAUCAGGUUGCAACACAAAACCACAAGGUUGCACAAUGUUGUUGAAUCAGUGGCUCUGAAACCGUAACAUGAGUGUCAUGUGAGUAAGUGGUUUAUGACGCAAAGAAUAAACAACUCUUACUUUGGAUUUCCAGCCCUCCAAUCUGCAAUAUAACAUCGAUGUACAGCUCCACAGAUAACAGUGGAAAGCUUGAAAAAGUGGUGUAUGUUUUUUAGGACUAACCCUAUCAGAAUUAUCAAACAGGAUGUCUGAUGAAAACAAAUGUAAAAGAAAUGAAAUGUGACACAUCUCGUUAAUAAAUUGACAGUAAAUGCAUGUACAAGUUAUAUGUCUGUAUAUGGUCAUAACUGUGAUUGCUGUUGUACCUUGUUGAAGCAUUUUUGCAUUUAGUAACCAAGUAAAGAAUUGGAAGUGGAAAACCACAGUCGGUUAGACUUUGCACCGAGAGAAAAAACAAGAGAUUUUGCAUUUGCAUUUAACCUCUAGCUCAGGUGGGUUUAACAGAGCUGUAAGGUCAGACCUGAAGACAAACAUCACAUUCUGCAGAUCUGUGUGGUUUCCUGACCUGAAAUGACCAUUUACUUCUUAUGUUAGUGUUUUCUUUGUUCUGUAAUAAAUGUGUUUUUUUCAUCAUCA